AUGGGUUUCUUCUCAAAGUCAUUCGAUCCAGUCACUGACCUCCCAGACUUGUCUGAUAAAGUCAUCCUUAUCACAGGCGGAAACGCAGGUAUCGGCUACUCAACUGUGAAGCACCUGGCACGUCGUGGUGCCAAGGUGUACAUGGCCGCGCGUAACCAAAGCAAGGCGGAGGAGGCGAUCACGCAACUGAAAGCAGAGGGGUUGGGUCCUGGAAACGGUGAUAUUAUCUGGUUGGAACUUGAUUUAAAGGACCCUCGGAAUGCGAAGAAAGCAGCAGAGAGAUUUAUGAAGCAGGAGAAGAGAUUGGAUGUUCUGAUUCACAAUGCUGCGGUGUUGCUUGAGAAUUAUACCCUGACACCGGAUGGAGUUGAGGAGAAAGUGAUGGUUAACGUAAUCAGUCAUAUCGUCCUAACACGCACCCUUCAACCCCUGCUGGACCAGACAGCAGCAGAGCCAAAUUCAGACGUCCGCAUAGUCGUCGUCGCUUCCGAUGGUCACCGGUUCGUAUCAGGGAGACCUCGUUUCCGUAACCUUGAUGACCUUAACAACGAACUCAAGAGUUCGCUUCACCCCGACUUUGCGCGGUAUUGCAUGACGAAACUCAUGAAUAUACUCUACGCUUUUGAACUUCAACGACAACUCGCUGCUGUUGGUUCUCCUAUCACCGUCAUCGCCGUUCACCCUGGAGCAGUCAACACCUUCUCCGAUAGACCGGCUUUAUCCAACUUCAAGUUCAUCAUCAAGCCCAUCGUGUCCCUCUUCUUUUUACGUCCAGACCAGGGUGCAUAUAACUCGGCGUUUGCGGCUGCAUCGGAAGAAGUGUCCAAGCAGCGCGAGAAGUACAAAGGCACGUAUUUAACGCCGGUAGGCAAGCUUACAGAGCCGACCAAGGUUGCAAAGGAUGAGGAGCUUGCAAAGGAGCUUUGGGAUACUGUGGAUAAAUUUUUGAAGGAGAGGGGGAUUUGA